CAGUGCCCUCCUGUGGGCUGCACCUUCUCUGCUGCCCUGGAGUAUGUCUCUACUCACCAAUUAUGAAGGGCUUCGGCAUCAAAUAGAGAAGCUGGUUCGAGAGAAUGAGGAACUAAAGAAGCUGGUGUGGCUCAUUCAGGAGAAUCAAGAACUCAGGUCUGCGAUCAAGACUCAGGCGGGCAGCAUUAACAUCAGCGGGCUCACCAACGGGCUUGGCAAGGUGGCAACAGGCCCUGCCCAACACCAGGGUGUCUUCUUGUUCCCAUCCCCAGCAGCAGCAAAUGAACCAGUCUUGGAAGAAGUAGGGGUUGUAGCCCUGGCACCCCUGGUCGACCUGCUGAGCAGUCCACAGCCUAACCCCCUGACGGGCCCUCUCAACAUACUGCUGUCCAGCCCAGCACCACCUGGGUCACAGAGCAGUCCAUUCUCCAGCCUGCUGAGCGGCACCCUGAGCAGCCACCUGACUGGUCCCAAGGCUGUUUCUCCAGGAGGCACUCUGGUCAUGUCUCUGGGCCUGACCUCCACUGGUCCCCUGAGCAGCCCCGUGAUGGUCCCCAUGGCAGUGUCCCCUGGGGGCACCGUGGCUGGCUCCCUGGGCUUGACCUCCACUGGCUCCCUGACUCCAAGCAGCCCCCUAGCAGGCCCCCUGACUAUGUCUAAGAGCAGCCCCCUGAUGGCCCCUGGGGCAGGCACAGUUGCCAUCUCUCUGAGCAGUCCCCUGCUCACCUCCACAGCUGCCCCUAUAGGUGUCUCUCAGAACCUUCCAGCCAACCCCAUGAGUAGUCUGGUGCUGUCAGAGGGCCCAAGGGUGCGGCUGGCAGAGCCACUCCAAGGAAGCCCUUCUGGGCCCCCCUCUUCAGCUGGGACAGGGGAAGCAGCCACCUCUAAAGCACUUGCCAAUGAAUACCCCCAGCCCGCCCAAGACCCACAGCACCUCAGCAUGACAUUUAUGGCAGCGCCCCUCCAGGCCUCCACCCCUGUGGGUACAGUGACCCCUCCUGGUCCAACAAUGGCCUUCUCCUAUGGUACCUCAGAUGUCCAGGCUCAGCCUAGUGCCCCCCAAGGGCAAAACGUUCCCACCUCUGUCCCCACCUCCCCAACCAACUCCCUAGCUGGCAGAGUCAUCAACUCUGCCCCUACCCCUGCCCCUCAAGCUGGUGCUAUCUGCACCCCCUUGAGCACUACCCACUCUACCUCCCAGCCACCGCCCACCCCUCACUCUCCUUCACGCCACCCCCACACUCCACCUCGCACUUCAUCCUUCCCGGCUUCAGUCACGGAUACCCGGGGUUCAUGUACCAUGGAGGCAAACCGGAAAAGCAUCCUGGAGUUGGAGCGGAAGCCGACCCACCGAAAAACUAGCAAAUUCCCUGAUGGCUCCCGAGAGUCGAAGCAGCUGACCUGGGAGAGGCUAGUGGGGGAGAUCGCCUUCCAGCUGGACCGCAGGAUCCUGUCCAGCAUCUUCCCGGAGCGUGUGCGCCUCUAUGGCUUCACCGUCUCCAACAUUCCAGAGAAGAUCAUUCAGGCCUCUCUGAACCCCAAUGACCACAAGCUGGACGAGGAGCUGUGCCAGACACUCACACAACGCUAUGUGAGCAUCAUGAACAAGCUGCAGAGUCUGGGCUACAAUGGACGGGUGCAUCCAGCACUGACAGAACAGCUAGUGAAUGCCUAUGGCAUACUGCGUGAGCGGCCAGAGCUGGCUGCAUCUGAGGGUGGCUCCUACACCAUAGACUUCCUGCAGCAUGUGCUGGUGGAGACCGUGCACCCCAGCAUACUCACUGAUGCGCUGCUACUGCUCUCCUGCCUCAACCAGCUGGCACAUGAUGAUGGCAAGCCAAUGUUCAUCUGGUGAUACCGGCACCCGGCUGGCCCAGGCUUGCUCUGCUCUGCAGUCCUGUGUACAGUCAUUAAAUCUUCCCACAGAGGCUACUGCUAAGCCCAGACUAUUCUGGGGUGCUGCCACCUAAGGCUGGCUUGCCAAACCCUGCAUGAGGUUCUUCAGUCCUACCUGCUGUGGAGGUCCACACCCAUCCCUUGGAGAGAUCCCUGGAGCAAGGCUUGGCAGCUAUCUGGCUUUGGUCAGAAGCCCCCAGGUCUCCUUCUCUUGGUGAUAGAAGCAGUAGAAACUCAGGUUUGGAUGGAGAAGAACAGGAACUGUGAAGGAGUGGAGCAGUGCCUAGAGUGGUAGGCAAGAACUAGGGGGCAAGGAGCUCCAGGGCCUGGAAGGCAGGAAGUAAGUAGAGGAAGGAGAUCCAGGAGAGAACAGAAUUGCCCACACCUGGGGAGGGGAAAGCCAAGGAGAUGGUAGCCCCUUGCCAAGAUGCCCAAAGUCUGGAAAGAAGAGGCCCCCUUCACAGGGUCCUAGGGGCCUGGGAUUAGGGGCUCAGAGAAGGAGAGGGCCAAACUCCCAGUUGGGGGGCUGAGGCACACAGGUUGGAUAGGGGAGGACAGGGGAGGGGAAAUGGGGAUUGGGGGUAUGACUGGAUGCUGGAGGUGACCUAGACUGAAAUGGGAAGGGCUGUGGGUGUGGGAAGCUGAGGGGGGUAGGCCAGGAUGGGCUGGAGGGUGCAGGAAAAAAAGGUAGCAAAGGAAAGCCUAGAGUGGCCUCUGGCCUACAAGGUGGAAAAGGGCAGGCCCUCCCUGAGGGAAGGGGCAGAGGCUGGGCUAGGGAGGUGGGAAUAAAGACACCAACUGAUGAGGGUCCCAAAGCACCAGUGGUUGCCAUUUAGAGGUUGGCAGGAGGGGAUGGAGGGGCCACCCUGCCUGGGUUCAAACAGAAAUCCUGUCAGCUACCAAGUGAGGAGUCCAGGACAGAGGGGUAUAGAGUGUACUAAGGUCCUCAGUCUUGGAUGCCAGGCCCCAGGAGCUUGCUGCCUUCUGCCCCCACCCCCGGUCCCCUGGCAACUUCAGGGAAUCCAGUCAGACAGCUCAGCCUUUGGCUCAGCCCCUGGGAUAAUCAGGACAGGACUUGCUCCAGAAGGCAACAGCUUGGCCAGAUGAGAACCAGAAGCCCCUCCAUCUCCUUGGUAACCUGGGUGGAUACUCCUGACCCAAACUUACAGUACAAUUUAAAAGCCAUUUGGCUGGGCGUGGUGGCACAUGCCUGUAAUCUCAGCAUUGAGAGGCUGAGGCAGGAGGAUUCUGCUCCAGUUUGAGGCCAGCUUGGACUACAUAGCAAGAGACAACAAUAAUAAUAAUAAUAAAGAUAUUUGUACCAGGCUGAUUGAAGGGUGGCUCACAGCUGGAAUUAGAAAGGUGGGCAUCCCAGGGAACAAGCAGAGCCUGAGAGCUGGUAGCAACUGCUUCUUAUCCUAGAAUCCUAGGGAGCCACUGCCAGAGUGCUCAGGGAAUGGGUACUGGUUUCUACUUGGCUGCCAUGCCCAGGAGUUAUCAUAGGGUGGAUCCAACAUCCCUACCCCCUGCAGAGUGGAAGCUCCUUGAGGUAGGAUCACAGGCCAACCAAUACUAUGAGCCAGCCUUUUGAGGGACUGUGCAGGUCACUGAGCCACCUCCAUUGGUGUUGAUCUUUGAACUCAGGAGCUAGACCCUACAGUGCUGCAGGGAGGUGGCCAGGGGGACCCUGGGGAGCCCUGACAGGUGAGGAGCCAGAUGCAGCACAUUGUCCUCUUCUUAGUAGCUCUGUACCUGCCCACGUUCAAAGAGUGUAUGGCUGCACCCCAGACUCUCCUUGCAUAGGGUAGGCCCUUUGGUGUUCCCCUGCAGCUUCAGGGAGGUACGAGACAAAGAGUAUCUCAUGUGGUACCAAAAAAAAAAAAAAAAAGAGGAUCUCAUGUGGGACUGUUAAGUCCAGGGGACCUUCACUUUCAUUUUUUCUUUUCCCAUCAGCUGCUGAAAUUCAGAGGUGAGGAGAGGGGCUUCCCCUAGCAUCUGAACACUUGGGCAGUUGGACUUGCACUUUCCUAGCUCCGUGUAACAGCUGUGCCACAUUGUCAUGACCCGAGACACCCCUGAAGCUUGUAUGAACUCACCCACAACUCCACUUGCACACUAGAAGUGAGUUUCCUAGGCACCUUGCAGCCAAGGAGCCCUGCGUGGCAUGUAAUCCCCACCAGACUGGGCACCGUCUGCUGCCCUGCAGUUCUCACCCUUCCUGCACCAGGAACUACACACCCUCUACUGUGUGGCAUGUGUGCUGCUGUUCCCUGACCUACUAAGCUCCGACUGAACUGCUGAGCUGCUGGGCACUCAUGGUGUGCCCCAGGAGGGUGAGGUGGCUGAGUGCCAGCCAGCCAGCAACUGGUACAACCCCUUUUGCUGCCAGGCCACCUCUGUGGUGCUGGGUGCUGUCUGCUGAGCACAGGUGUAUGGAUUCACUUUCCUUGCUGCCAAUCUGUGCCUGUUCCUUGACAGACUGGUGCACUUCAGCAACCUGGUGCACAGGCAGCAGCAUGCCAUAGUCAUUGGUGUUGAAGUGCUGGCCAGCCUGUGGCCCUCACUCUGUGAACUAUCAAAUUCAGCCAGACAUGGCCUGGGUUGCUGGGUACAGUGCUGAUGGCUUGGGUGCCCAUGUAUCUGAACGUUGCAUGCGUGCAAAAGUUGUUUGAUCUCCAUGCAGCCCAGUGUUGCUUGACGUGGGCAUAUUGCAUCUGCAGCUCAGGACCAACUUCAAGCUGCUGGGUAGCAGGCUCCUCCUAGUCUCACACUGUCCACUGCUACACACCAUCCUCUGUUGUUUUGGAGGAUGUGCUCGCCUCCAAGGACCUGUUGUCCACUUGGAUACAGCCCCUCCCAAUCUCCCACUGCAAUGUGCCCUAGUGGGAGGGGCAUGAGCUUCAGCACCAAAUGAGCAAAGGGAAUUGGAGCCAUUGGUGACACUGGAGGCUCAGCUAGGUAUCUUGGAUGGGUACCUCAUCGUGGGGCUCCUACACCGCAUGCAUGUGAACAUACCAACUGUUGAGCCCUGAGCAAAGGGUUGCUGGGAUAUGACAGCCCUCCCACCCACACUCUUCUCUCCAUGGCAGCACCAGAUCCCUACUUAAAUCUCUGCUCCCCACCUCUCUUUAUUCACAGACUGCAGCACUGCAAGUCCCCAGAAAUCCCUUGGAGGGUGUACAGAUCAGGACCAGGUUGGGGGCCAGGUGUCCAGGAUGCAGAUGGCCACCCUGGGCUGAGCCCACUGCACACUCCUGCCCCUCAAAAAGGAUGAGCCCUUGUGCUACACACAACUGUCACUGCUACAUGACUGGGCCAAGUGGUCUGAGGGCAAGAGCCACCAGAGUAGCAAGGCUGUGGCCUUCAGAAUGCUCCUGGGUGACCUCAAUUCCAUAUAUGUUGUUUGUUGAUUUGUUUUAAGACAGGGUUUUGCAUGCAGUUCAGGCUGACCUUGAACUACACAUCCCAGGCUGACCUUGCGGAGAUCUUCCUGCCUUCGCCUUCUCACUGCUUGCUGCUGAGGUGAAGUUCUGGACAAGGCAGGGCCAAGGCCCACCAAGCACUGGGUUUCUCUGCAUACCACGUGCAGGAGCCACUGUAGCACAAAUUCUUCAGCUAUUUCCAAGCCCCCUGCCAGCUGGCUCCCUGGGACCUGGGUACUGUGCCUGGUGGGAGCCUGGAGAUGACUCUUCUGAAGCUCCUGCUAAUUCCACCCUCCUCAGCCCCUAACAGGGUGGAUCUCAAACAUAUCCAAGUUCCAGGAGAUGGUGCAGAGGUGAGUGGAGUUCUAGGAGCCAAAGAGCAAGAGAUGCCCUGGCUCCCUGCUCCCCCAGGACCAUGAAGCAAGAGAAAGGUCACUACCUUGACCAGGCAGGAGCCUAGCUAAGGUCAGGGGCUGGUGCCUGAACUACAUCACAUACUGGA